AUGGACCCAACGGCUACACGUAGCUCCCCUACCGGCAACGCGACUGCCGACCAUGAAAUUGAGCUCACUUCUCGCAAUGUGACCAGUGACAGACAUAUUCAACCUGAUGAGAUUGAGCAAACAAGUUUACCUCAGGCCGAUGGCGGAAAGGAUGCAUAUCUGUUUUUGUGUGGAUGUUUCAUGGCCGAGGCUAUGUGUUGGGUCCUCACCCUCCCUCUUCUUCCCUUCCUGAAACCUCGCAUCCCACUCUCCAAAUCCGCUCAACCGCGCCAAAUCAGCUAUCGCUUCACCCUAACACCGACCUUCUGGCUCUACCAGAUCGCCAACAUCCUGGAAGGCCUCGGCUACUUCAUCCCAACAAUCUAUCUCAGCACCUACGCACAACAACUCGGUCUCUCGAGACUGAUAGGCUCCCUCCUCAUCGCACUCGUAAACGUUGCCGCCGUCUUCUCCCAGCUAGCUCUCGGCUACAUGGUCGACCGUCUGCCCGUCUCUACCGUAAUGCUCAUCUCCGCACUGGGCUCCUCGACCGCGGCAUUUGCGUUCUGGGGGACUGCGACUUCGCUUCCGAUGCUGGUCGUCUUCGCGCUCAUGUACGGCGCUUUCGCGGGCGGGUUCACGAGCACGUUCAUCGGCAUGACGAAAGAGACGAUUGCGAAUACCGUCGGGGCUGAUAGCGGCACUGUAUUCGCGUUGUUCUGUGUUGGGAGGGGAAUCGGUGCUGUGGCGAGUGGGCCGUUGAGUGAAGCUCUUCUCGCGCUGAAUGAGGAUAGCAAAUAUGGGAAUGGUGGGUUUGCUCUGGGAAGUUUAGGGUAUGGGACGGGUUAUGGGGCCUUGAUUGUUUUCACCGGGAUUAGUGCGCUUUGUGGGGGUUUGAGUUUUGUGGGGAAGAGGGUUAAGGUGUUAUGA